UAUGUUCACGGAAUUUACGGUGGCCGGUUAGUACGUGAGACUAGUGCAAGCGAAAGCCAAGGAGCAAGGACGUACUGUACAAGGGCAAAGAUGCAACCGGUCGAGUCUCUCCUCCACAGUGGCUAUUUCCACCCAACACUCAGAUACUGGCAGACCUGUGCCUCAGACUUGAGACCUGAGAACCUCAUCUACCCCAUCUUCAUCACUGACAGUCCUGAUGCUGUGGAGCCCAUCAAUAGUCUACCUGGCCAGGCCAGAUAUGGAGUGAAUAAACUUGAGGGCAUGCUACGUCCCCUUGUGGAGAAGGGCUUGAAGUGUGUGCUGAUUUUUGGAGUGCCCGCAAAAAUAGCUAAGGAUGAGAGAGGUUCGAGUGCAGACACAGACAAUACUCCGGCUGUGUUGGCUGUGAAGAAGAUAAAGUCUCUUUUCCCUGACCUGCUGAUGGCCUGUGACGUCUGCCUCUGUCCCUACACCUCACAUGGACACUGUGGAAUCUUGCGGGAGGAUGGCACUCUGGACAAUGGUGCCAGUUGCCAACGUUUGGCAGAAGUGGCAUUGGCCUAUGCCCGCGCUGGCUGUCACAUCAUUGCACCCUCUGAUAUGAUGGAUGGGCGAGUGGGAGCUAUCAAACAUUCACUGAUGUCCAAUGACAUGGGCAACAAGGUGUCAGUGCUGAGUUACAGUGCCAAGUUUGCUUCCUGUUACUAUGGUCCCUUCAGAGAUGCAGCACAGUCCAAGCCAGCAUUUGGAGAUAGGCGCUGUUAUCAGCUGCCCUCCGGUGCAAGGGGCCUGGCACUACGAGCUGUGGACAGAGAUGUCAAGGAGGGAGCAGAUAUGCUGAUGGUGAAGCCAGGACUGCCCUAUCUGGACAUAGUGAGGGAGGUCAAAGACAAGCACCCCACUCACCCACUGGCAGUGUAUAACGUGUCAGGGGAGUUUGCCAUGCUGUGGCAUGGGGCCCAGGCUGGAGCUUUUGACCUGCGCACCGCUGUACUGGAGUCUAUGACUGCCUUCCGCAGGGCAGGUGCUGACAUCAUCAUCACCUACUACACACCUCAACUGCUCACCUGGCUGAAAGAGUAACAGACAGAAGGAUGGACAUAAAGAUGGAUCAUGUAACAAACUCCUUUUUACCCAGCUGUGCAAGGCUGACCUACACUGACAAAUGGUGUCUAUUCAAACCAAACUGACAUGUGAGAACAGGCAAUCUAUCUUCAUACAUUAAUUUACAGUUUAUUUUUAUACAGAACAUUGUUACGUCAUAUUAUUUUUUUUCUUUGUGUGCAGCAACCACUAAUUCUCAUCAAAGAUGGGAGUCUUGGAUCUAGUAGACACUUUUGUAAAGCGUAUCAAAUUCGCUUUGAAGGGUUUGUCUAAUGUUAGAUGAAAGAAUGGUAAUAUAAAAUAUGUUGAUUGUGUUUUUGGUUUAUGGACAUUAUUUACUAUUCUAUAGUUUUCUAAAUAGAGUAUCAUGAUUAUAGGCCUUGACUUUUUAUAGUUCUGUGAUGUCUGUAAUAGCUCUGGCUUUAGCGCUGACAUUUAGCAGUGGUUGUAAGGUUGGGUUAAGAAACCUGUAAAGCUCUUUUUUACCAGGGUAAAUGGUCCUGUCCCAGAAAAUAGAGAUUUGUUAGAUAACAGCAAUAAAGCUACAACCAAGUCUGAAAUGUGCUCCAUCAAGUAACAUUUUCUUAAUUACAUAUAACUUUGUUCAAUAUGUUUGUCAUAGAUUUGACUAAACAUAAUGAAAGCAAAAUAGGUUGCAGUUCAGCCACACUCGACUCUGCUGGUUACCUUCUGUACUUGGGUGUUGUCAGAUAUAUCCACCUCCCAAAGAAGGAGUUUACAGACAAGUCAUCAUUAUCACAAGCACAGAGGAAAAGUACCGGCUAGCCAUAUGCAGAACUAUCUAAUUCUGUACUAAUCAGUGAAAUCUUAAAGGAAGGAUGCAUUUCCAAAGUACUAAAACCCUACCCCUAGUCCCUCUCUAAAAUAGCCAUCUAAGAGAGAAUCUUAUUGGCUGGAGGGUUUUCACUGGAUGGUGCCUCGUUGAAGACUGUCCACACAUCCUCCCCUGCAAAAUAGAAAAACAGGUAGAAGUUGAACAUGCUUUACUCAGCUACUGUACCUACACACACCCAUAGAUUCGACAGGAGAACUAGACAUACACAUUUUGGCAGGUCAAAACACUUACCCCUGAGCUGGUAUUGUCAUCCUGUAGCUGAUUUGAUCUUUCCUGAGGGGCAGCAGCAGGAAGCAAUGCUGUCAGCCACAUAGGACAGCGCUGAGAAGGGACACAAUUUGUUAAUGUGCAAUAUUACAGUAUGUGUCUGUUUCAGUGCUUUCAUGUAUUUUCCUCAUCCUAUGUUCAUUACAUUGUUAUUACUUAUAUACUAGGGCUCUUCAUUAGGAGAACAGAUAUUUUUUAACUCCAGUGAAUUUCAAAGCUUUCUAUUUGUCUGGCAAUCAUUUGUCAUCUGUAAAUGAUGCACAAUCGAGAGCAUCCUGUCAUCACCGCCGUGUACGGUAAAUGCACCGCCCUCAACUGCAAGGCUCUCCAGAGGGUAGUGCAGUCUGCACAACGCAUCACAGGGGGCAAACUAGCUGCCCUCUGUGACACCUACAGCACCUGAUGUCACAGGAUGGCCAAAAAGAUCAUCAAGGACAACAACGACCCGAGCCACUUCCUGUUCACCCGGCUAUCAUCCAGAAGGCGAGGGCAGUACAGGUGCAUCAAAGCUGGGACCGAGAGACUGAAAAACAGCUUCUAUCUCAAGGCCAUCAGACUGUUAAACAGCCACCACUAACAGAGAGGUUUCUGUCAACAUACAAACUCAAAUCUCUGGUCACUUUAAUAAAUGGACUUAAUAAAGGUA